UUCUUUACAUGGCUUCGCUCAUCAUGCCUCAUUCCCCUCACUUAGUCAAUCAUUAGCCGCAGCCAAACCCAAUUACGCAAUAACCAAAUACCAAAUCUCAGUUCGUUUUUUCUUCUUAUCUCUCCCUCCAUUUCUCUAUAACUCUUAUCUUUAUCUACAUCCACGUCUACAUUCUUGUUCCUGAUUUGAGUUCUUCACGAGGAGUCACAUAUGAGAAUAUUACAAGUUAUAGUCUCUAUAAAUACUUCAUUUUGAUGGAUUGGAUUAGGCAGAGUUCCUUUAUACUAAGCAAAAGCUCUUGAUGUUGCUCGUUAUUGAGUCAAAUGAAAAUUGUGAAGCACUUGUAUGGCCACACCAGAGAAGCAACUGCAGCCGAUUUUUAAAUUGUCAAAAUGUGAAUUUUUGUUUCUUUUGAGGAGAAAAAAGUAUGGGUGGUGAAAGAAAGUGACGUUUUCAGAAGACAUGGACAGCAUAUGUUACUCUUCCAAUGCUUUUAAACACAAUUGAAACUAGGCAGGAUUGCUUGUUAUUUCAUGGUGUCAAUACCUAUGUUUUUUCUUAUCUGAUUAUUGAUUAAGCUUGGGCUUCAUCUAUCACCAUGAGUCACCAAAGUAUUGUUUCCAUGACGCAAGGAGAGCCUUCCAAAGAGGUUUCAAGCUCAGAUUGCAUUCCCCUAUCUCCAGUCCAUGAUUUUGUAAGUAGUGGAUCAGAAGGCCAGAGUUUAUUGGCUGGUGAAUGUUCAUCUUCACUCUCAUCGCCGUUCAUAAGGACAGAGUCUCUUGGUUCUCCUAAUCUUAUUAUGCGAGCAUCUUCUAUACAUCCUCUAAAGUACAGUUUUGGAUCUAGUUCUAGUACUCCUAUGUCUCCUGGUUCUCAUGUUCAGCAUCCUAAGAAUUCAUUUUCACGGUCUUCUGUCUUCUGCACUAGUUUAUACCAGUCUUCGAUGAGCUCAGAAGCACACCGGCACCUUGGGAAUUUGCCUUUUCUUCCACCUCCAACAUGUAACCAAUCGAUUUCUGCUGUUGAAUCAACAAGUUCUCCACUGCUUUUCAGUGGAGAUUUAAGCAAUCAAUUUGAAGAGGAGCAAUCAGAAUCAGAAGCUCUCAUGAAAGACUUUCUUAAUUUAUCUGGGGAUGCAUCUCAUAGUAGCUUUCAUGGUCUAAGCUGUGCAAGUGACAGUCUAGCAUUCACUGAUAACUUGGAGUUGCAAUAUUUGACCGAUGAACUUGACUUUGGUAUCUCUGACCAUGGAGAAACUCCCAGAGUUGAUGAAAUAUAUGAAACUUCACCAAAACCUUCCAUAGGAUUGAUGUCUGAUGAAAGUUAUCGUUCAACAGCACCACCUGUCGAUGCCCUUCUAAACCUCCCAUCUCCUGGACCUGCUGCUCUACAUAAACCUCGAAUGCGAUGGACGCCUGAACUCCAUGAGCUAUUUGUAGAGGCUGUUAACAAGCUUGAUGGAGCUGAAAAGGCUACUCCAAAGGGUGUAUUAAAGGUUAUGAAUGUUGAAGGUUUAACAAUUUAUCAUGUUAAAAGUCACUUACAGAAAUACCGACUUGCCAAGUAUAUGCCAGAGAAAAAGGAAGAGAAGAAGGAUUCUGGCCUUGAAGAAAAGAAAACAGCAUUUAGUAACGAAACUGAUGGGAGGAGAAAAGGGAGUGUUCAAAUCACCGAGGCUCUUCGAAUGCAAAUGGAAGUUCAGAAACAAUUACAUGAGCAGCUUGAGGUCCAAAGGGCUCUUCAAUUGCGCAUAGAGGAGCAUGCGAGAUACUUGCAAAAGAUCUUAGAGGUACAGCAGAAAGCUGGGAGUGCUUUGGUUUCUUCUCAAGCUUUGUCGUCCCUGACCAGUCCCAGUUGUGAAGAGUCUCACCAAGAGCCUUCACCUUCUGCUGUUGGAUCAUCCCCGCAACGAGUAGAGUCUAAAACCGACUCUGCAUCGUCCUCUCCACCAUUGAAGAAGCUCAAACCUACCGAAAGUAGUGAUGAUUGUGAUCCUAAGCAAAGCAACAAACGAAUCCGUCUUGAUGAGAAGGCAGAAUUUGCAGGUGAUGAUGAGGUUGUUGUUGAAAAUUCUCAUGAAUGAUUAAACAUUCAGCAUUCAAUUGUAAGUUAUGUGAGAUUUUGUAAAUCAUUUAGUUAGCCAACUUUGUAAUAUUGGGAUUUAGUUUUGGUAUUGAGUUGUAUUUAUUUUUUUAUCUUAAGCAAUUUGUUUGAUAGAGAUGAAAAACAACAUAUCCUUUUAAUUCAGUCGUCACUGUGUAGUAGUCUCAUCUUUCUUUCCAAACAUCAUCUGUUCAUGCAUUGUAAAGUUUUAUUUGCAUUGUGCUUUUUACUGUUCAAUGUAGUAUACUAUAUUAGAUGGUUUUUAAUUAA